AUGAACGGGUCCUACAGGGACGUGGCGUCGCAGGCGUCUUUCCCCGGCGCUCUGCUGCCCCCGACCGCCUCCGCCGCCGCCGCAGCCGCCGCCGCCGCCCUCCUUCCGCCCCCGCUGGGGUCGGCCUUCCCUCUGCUGCCCAUCCCGCUGCCUCUGCUGCGCGACCACGCGCCUGCCACAGGCGACAAGCCGUGGCCAGCGCUGCUGCCGCGGUCGCUGGGCCCCGCGGUGGGCGGCGUGGGCGUCGGGGUGGCGGUGGGGGUGGGCGGCGCACCCCGCAGGCCCCGCAGCGAGAAGCGGCCCAUCCCGGACGACCAGAAGGACGAGAAGUACUUCGAGCGCCGCAAGAGGAACAACCAGGCCGCCAAGAAGUCGCGCGACGCGCGCAAGGUCCGCGAGGACCAGAUAGCUCUGAGGGCGGCGAUGCUGGAACACGAGAACGCGGUGCUGCGUGCGCAGUUGGUGACGCUGCGGGAAGAGGCGCACAGUUUGAGACACCUGUUGCUGCAGCAGCGAGCACUCCCGGAGUCCUGA